UUUUCCCCUAUAAAUAAAUGUUCAAGCAGUGUCCAUUAUCAUAACAUUUUCCAAAGCCAUCAAAAAACGUUAGUCAAACAUGGGAAACUCUUUGAUUUUGUUUUCCCAAUUGCUCAUUUCAUUUCUUCUUUUGUCUUUGCUGAACAACAUCGAAUUUGUUGUAAGUAAAGAAUGCACAAAUGUUUUCCCAAACAACUACGCAGCACACACUUACAGAUACUUAUUGCAAACAUCAAAAAAUGAGACGUGGAAAAAGGAGGUAUAUGCUCAAGCUGAAAAGCACAUGAACGCCAUCGACGAUUCUCUCCGGGCCGCUGCCGGAAACGAAUCGUCGGUGAGUUCAAGGAAGAUGAUGAAUCAGAAUCGGAAUCAAAUGAGUUGGGUCGAGCAGAAGAUCAAGUUUCAUGAUGAGGCUAAAGUGAAAGGUAAAUUCUUAAAGGAAGUGAAUUUGAGGGAUGUGAGAUUGGACCCGGAUUCGAUGUACGGAAUCGCCCAGCAAACGAAUUUGGAGUAUUUGUUGUUGCUUGACAUUGAUGAUUUGCUGUGGAGUUUCCGGAAGACUGCUGGUUUUCAUGAUGUUCCCGGCAACCCUUACGGCGGUUGGGAGGCGGCGGAUUGUGAACUCCGAGGUCAUUUCGUAGGACAUUACUUGAGUUCCUCGGCACAAAUGUGGGCAAGCACUAAGAAUGAAACUCUUAAAGAAAAGAUCUACAAAGCAGUAACCAUUCUAGCCGAAUGCCAGAAGCAAAUGGGUACUGGAUAUCUUUCUGCAUUCCCUUCUGAAUUGUUCGACAGAUUCGAAACCUUAAGAGCCGUAUGGGCGCCUUACUAUACAAUUCACAAGAUAAUGGCAGGACUUUUGGAUCUGUAUACAUUUGCUGAAAGCGGAGAAGCUCUAAGGAUAUUAAAAUGGAUGGUUGAUUAUCACUAUGAACGUGUGAUAAACACUAUUCAGAAGUACACGAUUCAACGACAUUGGAACAGUUUGAAUGAAGAAGUUGGGGGCAUGAAUGAUCUUCUUUAUAGGUUAUACGCAGUCACGGGUGAUGAGAAGCACUUAAGGUUUGCUCACCUUUUCGACAAGCCAUGUUUCUUGGGAGAACUAGCUAUGGAGGCUGAUGACAUAUCUAGUUACCAUGCCAAUACACAUAUUCCACUUGUUAUUGGUGCUCAAAUGCGCUAUGAAGUUACCGGCGAUCCACUUUAUAGGGAUAUUUCAACAUACUUUGUGGAUAUGAUCAACUCUUCUCAUACUUAUGCAACUGGAGGAACAUCAGAAAACGAACACUGGACGGAUCCAAAGCGCUUAGCGUCCACUCUAACUACGGAGAAUCAGGAGUCCUGUACAACCUAUAACAUGCUUAAGGUAAUCAGAAACUUGUUUAGAUGGACUAAGGACACUAGGUAUGCUGAUUACUACGAGCGAGCCUUGAUCAAUGGAGUACUACCUAUCCAAAGGGGAACAGAACCAGGAGUUAUGAUCUAUUUUCUACCUCAGAAGCCUGGCGCUUCGAAAGCUACUAGCUCCCGUGGUUGGGGACACAAACAUGAUUCAAUGUGGUGCUGUUAUGGCUCAGCAACGGAAUCCUUCGCGAAGCUCGGAGAUACAAUAUAUUUUGAGGAAGAAGGAAAAGUUCCAGGGAUCUACGUUGUGCAGUACAUACCGAGCACAUUUAAUUGGAACACACGAAAUGUGAAGUUUGAGAUGAAAGUGCAGCCAGUUUCAUCAUCAAAUAAACGGCUUCAAGUGACGCUAGCUCUUGAUCAUGGGCAUACACAAACCAAGAUGGCCACUGUCAAUCUAAGGAUUCCAGCUUGGACAGACACGAGAUUGGCGACCGCAAAACUGAAUCAUUAUAACUUUAAAGUACCAGCUCCAGGAACAUUCCUCUCCAUUACAAGGAAAUGGAAACCAAGAGAUGAAAUCAAACUUGAAUUACCAAUUAGUCUUCGCCUCGAAGCAAUUAGCGAUGAUAGGCCUGAAUAUGCUUCUCUCCAAGCAAUUCUGUACGGUCCUUAUCUUCUUGCUGGUCUGUCGAAAGGCGAUAAGGACAUCAAUGCAGCAGGAAAUGCAGUUAUUACUGAUUGGAUUACCCCUGUUCCUGAAGAGUACAACAGCAGCCUAAUCUCGCUUUCUCAGUCCGGUGGGAAUUCGCAAUUGUUCUUUGCUGCUUCCCCUGAAUCAGUGAAAUUGCAGAACAGUCCUAAUCCAGGAACAACUGAGGCCGCUGAUUCUACACUACGUGUCAUUCUGAAAGAUUCAUCGGAAAAUCAUAAAACUCCAUGGGAAGCCAUAGGAAAAUCAAUCAUGUUGGAGCCAUUUGGAAACCCUGACAUGCUUGUAGCACAUCAAGGUCCAAAUAAGCCACUCGGCUUAGUUCCAAGUUCUUCCAGUGAUGACUCAUCAGUCUUCAAGCUAGUUCCAGGGCUGGAUGGCGCAUCGGAAACAUUUUCUUUCCAAUCAAUGAACAGAAAGGAUUGUUACAUCCAGAGCGGCCCUGAAAACAAUGUGAUUCUCGGAUGUAGGGGAGGCGACUCUGGUGAUUUUAGUCGUGCAGUGAGCUUUAAGAUGGACAAAGGACUUAGUGAAUAUCACCCCAUCAGCUUCAUAGCCAAAGGUGGAACGAGGAGCUUUCUUUUAGUUCCUUUGCUGAGCUUGAAAGAUGAACAUUACACUCUUUAUUUCAACAUUUAGAGUAGUAGCUAGAGUAAUGUGUAAUUAGGCAUUUCUUUUCUAGGAUGUUCUCCAAAAGAUUCGUAGCAUUUCUCCAGCAAUCAUUCUUUUUACAGAUAAAAGCUGAUGAAUCUUCUUGUUCGUUUAUUCCUUAGGAUUUGAUAUAUGACUGUCUUCUACAGAUAAUUAAUGAAGACAUAUUUUAGUCUUUUUCUG